AUGUCAUUCCGUCCCCUCAUCACCCUUCGUCCGCGGUCUUCAAUCCCCAUACCCAUUCCCAUACAUACGCGAUCCCUAUCUACCUCUCUACCUCGAUAUCGACCUUCUUCUUCCUCUUCAUCAUCUGGGAUUGCAGCGACCGUAUCUCAGACACUUGGUUCACUCCAAGAUAGCGUAAAUGACUUAGCUGAGAAGUUCAAGAAGGCCGUUCAGCAGAGUCACAGUGAGCAGUACGAGGGUGUGGAGGAGAGGGGUCUGAGGAUGUUGAUCUUUGGUAAACCAGGCAGUGGAAAGGGAACAUUAAGUGCUCGACUGGUCAAAGAGUAUGACAUAGCAUUCGUAUCUACCGGUGACGUUCUGAGAAAAGAAAUAGCAGCAGGAUCAGAAGUGGGUAAGAAAGCUGAAGCGGUCGUAGCUAGUGGUGGGUUGGUAUCGGAUGAAUUGAUGUUGGAGAUCGUCAAGACCGAGCUGGAUAGAUUGCAUGGUAGAAGCUGGAUAGUAGAUGGUUUCCCACGUACUUUACACCAAGGCGAAUUGUUAGAUUCAGUGUUGAAUCAAGAGAAUCGACCACUAAACAUGAUCGUCCACCUCAACGUCCCAGAUUCAGUCAUCAUGGCUCGUAUAUCAGCUCGAUGGGUCCAUCUGCCCUCUGGAAGAGUAUACAACACCACUUACUCUGCGCCCAAAGUACCUGGUAAAGACGACAUAACAGGUGAACCCCUGUCAAAAAGACCUGAUGAUACACCUGAAACUUUCUCAAAGAGGUUACAAGCCUAUUAUGAAUCGACUGCACCAUUGUUGGAGUACUUCGCAAAGACAUACCCUUCAUCAUUAUUCUCGUUAAGUGGUUCAUCUUCCGACGAGGUACUUAUCGCUGCUGGCUUGAAGACUCCCGCUGUUCAAGGGAAGGAUCAACCUGAAACUGACUUUAAAACGUUUUCUUCUACCCUCGACCCCAACUCCUCUACGGAUACGAAUGUGAAUGAAAUCGAACAUACGAAAACGAUGGCUGCGCUCGAUCAGUUAUGGCCUCAAUUAACCAAUUUGAUCGAACCUUUCAAUCUGAGAAGAGCAAAGAAGACUUUAACUAAGGAUGGAAGGGAAUUGACUGAAGAUGAAGUGAAAGAAAUCAGGAAAGAAGCGGACGAUUUGAAGGAUCCAAAUGAGAUCGAUGUGAAUGGCAAGAGGAAAGCUCAUGUAGAGUAA